UCUCAUCGCUUCAGUGCCCAAACUACAGUCGCAGUCAACAACGCAGCCGGACCGCAGGACAACCAUGGCGCUGGUGACUGGGAGCUGGGUGCUGGACGGCCUGCUCGUGCUGCUGCCGCUGCUCUACUGGUACACGACGCGCCACUACUCUCUCUGGAGGAAGCUCGGGGUGCCCUACAUGAAGCCGACGCUGGUCGUCGGCAACAUGGGCGGCGUCGUGACGGGCCGCCAGCACAUGGGGGAGCCCAUAUACGAGUGCUACCUGCGGGCAGGGGACGAGCCCUUCAUGGGAAUGUUCGCCUUCGAUCAGCCGCUCCUGAUGGUCAAGGAUCCCGAACUCGUGGGUCGUGUCUUGGCCUCAGAUUUUUCUUCCUUCUACCGGCUGAAUUUUGGCCUACCGGAAACUGACGACUCCGUGGCCGGGCGGUCAAUCUUCUCUGUCAACGGUCCAAGGUGGAAGACAUUACGUAGUGUGAUGACACCAGGUUUCACCUCCGGUAAGAUGAAGCGCAUGUUCCAGUUGGUCGAAGAGUGUGGACGGGACUUGGUUGAACAUCUGACAGCAGCUACGAAAGAAGAUAGCAACGUGGAAGUGCAGGAGCUGAUGGCGUGCUACACGACCGACGCGGUGUGUUCGGCAUUUGUGGGCACGAAGGGUGGCGCCCUGCAGGACCCUAAGGCCCCCAUGCGGGAGAGCCUGAAAAGGAUCAUGCGCGACGAUUUGGUGGGGCAGCUGGCUCAGGCCAUGAGCUUCCUGGCACCCAAGCUGUUCGAGAAGCUCAACAUCAGCGUCAUCAGGAAGGAGUUCGAGGAAUUCCUUUAUAAGACUACUGAAGAGACAAUGGCUUACCGCAAGAAAAAUGGCAUAGUGCGAGAGGACUCCAUUGACAUGCUGAUGCAUGUCCGUGAUGGACAGACGGAUGAGUCAAAGCGCCUGCGAGAUGAGACUGGCCAGGAAUUUAGAUUUGACCAGAAAGAUGUGGUGGCACAGGUGCUGACUUUCCUAAUGGCUGGCUUCGAGACCUCUGCCUCAACCAUGGUGUUCACACUGUACGAGCUGGCUCUGAACCAGGAGCUGCAGCAACGCAUCCGCCAGCAGGUGAAGGAGGUGGCCGCCAAGCAUGGUGGCAUCACAUAUGAAGCAGUUGCAGAGAUGACCGACCUCAACAAUGCCGUCAGUGAGGCCCUUCGCAUGUAUCCCGUGGUCAACUUCCUGGACAGGCGCUCAACACGGGACUACCAGAUCCCCGGCACAUCUGUAGUGCUGCCCAAAGACACAGGGGUGGUGAUCUCGGUGCUGGGUCUGCACUACGACCCGAGGUACUGGCAGCGGCCGCAUCACUUCAUACCCGACAGGUUCAGUGAGGAGAACUCAAAGGGGCGGCCUAACUACACCUACUUGCCCUUUGGUGAUGGGCCCAGACAGUGCAUUGGAAUGAGGAUGGGUCUGAUGCAGGUGCGUCUUGGCCUUGUGCACAUCCUCAGCAACUUCGUCGUUGGUCCCACAGUGCAUACGCCAGUUCCUCUGCUUCUGGACCCCAAAACCUUCCUCCGGAAGCCACAAGGGCCACUGCUGCUCAGCUUCCAGAAGCUGGCAACACAGUGAUGAGUCCUGGGUAGUCAACAGUCCAGGCACAACACUCACAGAAGUGGACUGCCAUAGUGUGUCAGUGAAUGCAUCACAGCAUAAUUGCAUUCUUUUAGUUCUAUUGACAGUUGUCGUAGAACAGUGCAGUGAAAGUACUGCUAACAAAGUGGAAACAAAAUCCAAAAAUCCAGCACACUGAAGCCAGGAAGUAAGUUACAUACUGUUACUGAAGUCUCGGAUACUGCUUCAUCAGCAACUAUUUAAAUUAUUGUCAUGGUAAUGUUCCCGAACUCAAGAUAUUAACCAUGCAUGAGUGUUAUAAUAUAUCUUCUGAAAGAGGUAGGCUACGUGUGUCUUGGAACUAUGCCAGAGUAGCAUAAUUUCGGUAGAUCUACACUGUCUUUAAAUGGGCUUGAAGGUCUUGUGUGUUUGCAUCUGUAAGAAGUUUACUCAAGU